CCCAUCAGAUUUUCCUUUUUUUUCACUCAAUCUCCAAAAAAGCAAACACAAAACAAAAUUAAAAACCCCAACUCACUUUCUCAGCUUCUCUCUCUUUCUCAUAUUCUCCCCUUUUAUCUCUCUCUUUCUCUCAAACUCGAACUCAACUGUUACUUUCAAAGUUUCAACCUUUUUGCACAAAUUCCCAAUCUUUUUUCCUUUUUUCCAAUUUCUUUUUUCACGAGUGGAAAUUAAGAACUUUCAUCUGGGUUAUCUUCAAUUUUUGAUGUAUCCAAGAUUUAUUCAACCCCAUCACCAUAAUCCUCAGCACCAGCAACAACAACAGCAGCAGCAGCAGCUUCAUGAGUCUUUGAGUGUAAUGGCGGGUCCCAUUGAUGAGAUUCAUCAAGUGGGUCCCACUUCUACUUCUGCCGGCGGAGGGGACCCACGUCUUGUGUUGACUUCCGAUCCUAAACCGCGUCUCCGGUGGACUGCUGACCUCCAUGAACGCUUUGUUGACGCUGUCACUCAGCUUGGCGGGCCCAACAAAGCUACACCUAAGGCGAUAAUGCGGACAAUGGGUGUGAAGGGAUUAACACUUUUCCAUUUGAAAAGUCAUCUUCAGAAAUACAGACUAGGUAAGCAAUCCGGGAAGGAUAUGGGUGAGGCUCCAAAAGAUGGGAUCUCGGGUUCAUACCAUUUGGAAAGCCCUCGCACAAGUAAUUCUUCUUCAAGCUUGCCAACAUCUGACAUGGAUGAGGGUUUUAAGGUUAAGGAGGCAUUAAGAACUCAGAUGGAGGUGCAGACUAAACUACAUUUGCAGGUUGAGGCAGAGAAGCACUUACAGCUACGCCAGGAUGCAGAAAGAAGAUAUAUGGCGAUGCUUGAGAGAGCUUGUAAGAUUCUUGCAGAACAACUUAUGGGGGUUGCAAUUGCAGAAAAUCACGCGCAGACACUUCAAGAGUGAUUUGAUUUCUAGCUAAAGUGGAGCAAAAGGGUAACAACUCUGGGAUUGAAUCAUUGUGAAAAUUGGAUUUUGUUUGGGAAAGACAACCUGCUACAACUAUGACAUAUCUUCAUUUAUACAAGUUGAUGGAUCGAGUUUGCAUUUCAGAUCUCUGAAGUUGUAAUUACACUCAUUGAGUCAUCAGCAAAGUUCUAGAGGGGUGCUGAUUUGUGUAUUUCUUCUGUCAACUUUGCUGCAUGUGACACACUUCUGCCCUGAAGAACAACAACAGACAAUCUGUAGGGCAAAUCAAAUUUGCUUGUAAAUUUUUAUUACUAAUGUUUCUAACAUGGAGAUGCAUCUACAUCUCCUUUUAUUUGUUUCGAGGAAGUAAGUAUAAACCCUACACUACACCGUGUGUGGACUCUUUUAAGUCCACAUGCAACCUUUUUCCUUCUCAAAGUUCUCCUUAUUCGGUCAAGGAAACCCCUACAAUCACCCCGUUUUCUCCUUUUCGUGCCUUGUGUGGGUUGCCAAAUACCAAUUCCCGGUGUAGUAGGCCGAUUGUUCAAGAGAGGCCGAUUGUUCAAGGGCCUUAGAUUUCCUAGUGAUGUCAAUAUAUUACUAGUGUUAGUGUUAACAUUUCAUUUUCUGAUUUUACUUUUAGCUAAAUGGUUAAUUAUUGCUUAUGAUUGAUGUCUAUCCUUCAUUAGUUCAAGUGAUAUGUAAUGAUUGAUGAGCAUUUGAUUUUUUA